CUGCGGCACCUCACGUGGACAGGCACAGAUAGUGAUACUUCUUUAUACUUUUCUUGAUAUUACGACGCCAAUUCCUCUUCUCAAUGAACUUGGGUACUCUGAGUAAGGACGCCGUUGACGGGACAUCACAACCUGAUGUCGACGAGGAAGAGCACAAUGCGUCCCAAGAGAAUCUCCAGCAGUCGGCUGCGACCAACCGUGACGAUGAAGCUCCGGAUUUUGGUGUCUUUGGUGCCAAUGCUUCCAGAGAAUAUAGAUGCAUUUCCUCCAGUCAGGGUGUCGACGAGGAAGGGCACCAUGCGUCCCAAGAGAAUCUCCAGGAGUCGGCUGCGACCAACCGUGACGAUGAAGCUCCGGAUUUUGGUGUCUUUGGUGCCAAUGCUUCCAGAGAAUAUAGAUGCAUUUCCUCCAGUCAGGGUGUCGACGAGGAAGGGCACCAUGCGUCCCAAGAGAAUCUCCAGGAGUCGGCUGCGACCAACCGUGACGAUGAAGCUCCGGAUUUUGGUGUCUUUGGUGCCAAUGCUUCCAGAGAAUAUAGAUGCAUUUCCUCCAGUCAGGGUACAGUGGAUCCUCCAAGUCGUGAACAACCAGAAAACCAUGAGCUUGCUCAGGAACUUUCAAACUUACCCCAAAUUAGGGAUCAAGAAAACUCAUCACUGGAAGAGCUUCAAGAUUCUGGCCAUGCUCAUGGAAACUUAGCCAGUGAAGAAGCUGUGGGCAAUGUAGGAGUUGUGGGCGCGGAUGCCCAUACUCCAAAUGCUCCAGCCGUCACAGUACCCAGUAUCAAUUCUUUUCUGCUUCCACGUGAUGCAAACUUUCUGGAGCAACAGAAUUAUCUUGGACAUAGAAACAUACCCUCACAAGAUAUCCUCAGCAUGAUUAGUGGAGUGCCUCAUGAUGAUCAGGAGCUGGACCCUUAUGAUUCAUCACCAGACUUUUUCAACGAGUUCCAGAGGGAUCAAGAAAACUCAUCACUGGAAGAGCUUCAAGAGUCUGGCCAUGCUCAUGGAAACUUUGAAGAAGCUGUGGGCAAUGUAGGAGUU